CAGUAGACUUACACUCCCGCGAACAUGUAUGGUGCAGUUCCGCGUGACAUGAUAGACCGCGGGGACAUGAGUCUGAUGAGCGAUGCGGGCUAACUAUAGACGACGGGCCGUGGCUUUAUGAUGCCGUUGCUCGAUAAGUUGCUGCCUCUGAAGAAGAGUAGUCUACGCGAAAGUGUCGAGAACCUAGUGUCCGGUGCGCGAACAGCUGAGAAUGAUAGGAACUCUGUGUCGCUUCUUGGAGCGGACCAAGUUCGAAUUUUACUAUUUAGAGAAUGUGAAUGGCGCGGUAGGAAACUUCUCUUCGAUUCGAUGACGGUGCAGAAGCAUCAAAGUAAAAGCGAGACUGUAUGCACAGUGAUAAACAACAAUGCAGAGGGAAAGUGCGAGACGUCUUUUAAUAUAGGAACCACUCGUGACUUCGAGCAAAAUGCGAUCGAAGAUGAUGUGAACUUACUGAGCGAAAUGGUAUUCGGUACUGUGGCGAUGACAUACAGAGGAUCAUCGUUUAAAGUUCAUUCGAUGAAUUCUCCGCCAUGCAUUAUGUGCACGAAGAUUUUUCCAGCGACAGAACACAGCACAUGCAGGAUAAAUGAAAGAAUUUUGGAUGAAGGACGAUCAAUGCAUGUAGAUUCUGCUUCCAGCAAUACUAGUAUGCGCUCCUCUUACUCUCGGCCUAGUUCCGGCAAUUUAUCGGGUAACGAUUUGCUCGCGGGUCCGCGGAAGAAUUCGACCUGCUCGAGUAUCGGCAGCGGUUUGGACAUAGAUGUAACACCUCGGACGGGUAGUUCGCAAUCGUUGGAGAGUAACAGCUCGUCCGGCAUCGGCAGUCUCACUAGCUUGCGUAGAAGAUGGUUGAGGGCGGUCUCGACUUCUCUCGGACGAUCGGAUUCCGAUGAUGCUUUCGGGAUGCUGCACUGGAGCGAAAAUGGAAACGACGGGCGUGACGGAUACAGGAAACGUCACAAAACCAGGCUAGGUUUGACGAUGUUGGUGCAAUUGGCUCAGGGCCACGAAAGCCAGAUAAAGGCGCGCCUUUUAGAACACAUGGCUCUCUUAGAAGGAAUGCUGGAUCGUUUAAGAUACUUUUGCAUUGAGACCAACAAAGUCAAUGGUUCAACCUGCAAGAUACAGCUGGCUGAUAGAAUAUGCGGAGCGACGUCUCGAUUUGUCAUUUCGCUGUUACACAUACUUCUCAACGUCAGUGUCGACGUUAAUACCCGUGCACCUCUGCUGUGGCAUGAUGUUUUACUCAACUCGGUGACAGUAUAUGAUAAUACGAAUAUCUUACAUCGCAGUUUGCAACAAAUGUGUCAAUUAUUUGACGAGAUCGAUACAAAGUCGACAAAUUUCUUUCUAAGUACCGUAGUAACAGCUGUAUUAACGUAUCAUCUUGGAUGGAUAUACACCGUGCAAUCUCCGCGUGAUCGACAAAUGAUCGAGAAAUUGGGCAAUUUGUAUUCUUGCAAUCCGCUUUGGGCGCAGCUUGGCGAUUUGUACGGCGCGUUAGGCAACCCCGUGAAAGUGGCACAUACCGUAGUUGCGGGGGAUCCUCGAAAGACCGAUCUGAUUAAUUCCGUCUUGUCGUUUCUGUCUUAUUUUAUUCGCAGCGGGAUGAUACAGAAACGUCGGGAGUACCGUUGUUCGUUGCAACAGGACGUGCAAAUGGCGACGAAUUUAUUGGAGCAGGCAUGCAUUAAGCGACCGCAUCUGUUCGGUAACAGAAGGCCGACGUGCGCUUUCAACGAUCGAGAUGCCGCGAUUCGCAGAUGCGAAUCACGCGUUUUGCCAUCGCGUAAACCAACGCGAUCGCCUGAUACCAACGAUAUUAACACGCUCGGCGAUGGUAUUGUGCAGUAUCCCGUGGAACGAUCGAGGAUUUCGCGAUCCGUCAGCCCCUUGAAGCGUAGCGACACUAUGAAAUCCGGCCUUGACACGCUCAUGACGAAGUCAACCGAGGCGUCGGUAGACUUCAAACUGCCAGCAAAGGAAUUUUCGCCGCGCGAAAACGGGACCGAGAAAUACGAGCAGAACCCUCAAUCGCUUAAGGAUAACGAGAGAACUUAUGUAUCGAGCAAAGUGAAAAUAAUCGUUAGCGAGAUUGAAUCUCAGGAGGAUGUAACAUCGAAGAGAGAAUAUCAGCCGCAAAAUUAUUCGGAGUACCCGUUACUGAGCUUCGAAAAGAAGCUGAAUGCGCUCGGGUCCGAAGAAAAUCUCGCGGCCGGAAAGGCUGAACUGCAGCAUCCGUUUGAUGACAAUGUGGAUCCGCUAAAAAUGUUUUAUAAUAGACCCGAGUUGCCGCUCAACGUGGAUGGCGGAUUUGUCGACGACUUUAAGGAAUCGCAGGUCUUCUUCACUCUCGGAGGUGAAGAUAAAUCCGUAAAAUUGCCGCCGAGACCGCGAUUCGGUAAUACGUGUCAGUGUUCGUACACGUUCACGAAAGGGGUGCCGAGCACAUCCGCACAACUUCCGGAGGGUGUGCUGAGAAAGAUCAUUCAGCGAAACUUUCCUGAAUCAUCAAAGAGCAUACAGCCGCCACCGGGGGCGACGUCUGGUAUGGCUGCGAGUUCCACUGGCUUUUGUUUAAAAUGCAACGGUCGGGGAUACAUUGCCUCGCAAGAUUACGAUGGUAACAAACAAGUAUUGGAAACACCGACAAACGCGACGGAAGUAUUGCGUACAGGAAGUUCCGAAGGUGGUAGAAGCAUAAAAUUAGCGCGGUCAAACAGUCUGGAGGCUCUAAUGGAAGCCAAUAGCGUCGUCGAGCUACCAAUGCCACAGUCGAGAAAGGUUUCAUCAAAUAAAGAUUUAGUCAGAGAAACGGAUUUCACGAAGACUCUUGUCCGAAAUAAAAUAAUGCACGACGAGACCAACACCUUAGAUAUGGGCUACACGUGGGGUUUAGUACUACAGGGUGUUACCAAGAAGAAGAAGAGGAGAAAAAGAAAAAAAAAUUCGGAAUACGAGAAGGACAACGCCGAGAUUGAGACGGAGGAGAAGUGGUGGUCAUAUAUGCGGGAAGAAGUUAUGGCCAGCGUUCGAUUCCCUACAAUCGAUCAACCAGUCGCGGAGGCACUUUGCGUGCUGGCUGAUCUGGACACGUGGCACGUCGGGGUCCUGUCGAACAAUACGCCCUGUCAAAAUCCGCCCUUGCCAGUCGGGAUGUCACGUCUGGUGUCGAACAUGUUGGAAUCUUUCGCCUAUGUAUGGCGAAAUUAUCAUUCUCCUGUUCACUGUAUAGGAAUUCUGGAGGCUAAACUGAGGGAAUUAUGGUUGAGAAGCGAAGCAUUGGCAGAAAUGAUGAUGACCGUGGAAGUGUGCGAUACCAAUGUGAACACUUUAACCAAUGCUCUUGAUCUCGACGCAGCCGACAUACCGCUUCUACUUGCGGUCGCGACCACUCAUUCUCCGGAAAUAACGCAACGAUUUGGUUUUACGCUAACUUAAAUCCGUUCAAUUGUUUAUACUGGUGUUCUACUUACUCUACUUGGUAUUUUAUAGAUAUACAUAUAUAUAUUUCUGAAUAUAACGUAUCAAUAUACGCUCUGAUAUUUUUGACCAAGAGAAACUAACUUUAUAUUUUUCGAAUAUACGCAAAUAAUAACGUAAUUUUAUG